AUGUCUUCGCUCUUCCCCACUUCCCGCUGGUCCGUCCUGGUCGCCUCAAUGCUGCUCGAGCUCUGCGGCGGGAGCGUGUACAUCACAAACCUCUACCUCGCCGCGCUUCGGCCGCGCCUGUUUCCUGGCGCCGCAGACGGCGAGGCGCUCAUGGAGUACUUGGUCUUCGCGUCCAACCUGGGCAACUGGGUGCCGCUCGCCGGCUUUUUGUACGACGCGCGCCGAGGCGGCCCGCGGACGGUCGUCUUUGCGGGCGCGGCGCUCACGCUGCUCGGCUACGGCGGCCUCUGGCUCUGUUCCGCGUUUGAUGUGCACGCCAACUUUGCGGUACUCUGGCUGCUCUGGUUCCUGUGGGGGCACGGGUCGGGCUACUUCGACUGCGCCGCCAUUGCCACCUGCAGCGCCAACUUCCGCGAGUCGCGCGGCCUCGUGCUCGGGCUGACAAAGUCCUUCUACGGCCUGUCUGGCUCGCUGCUGACGCAG